CGCACUCACGAGACGCCACUCAGAGUCCGGUGAUCAGCCCAGCUCGAGAGCCGCGGUUGGGAUCGUCCGGGUCCCCGUCCCGGUCCUGCGGGCUUGACGCCAAAAACGAGGCCGCGGAUGUUCGUCAGAUGAACUGAUGAACCUGACCAAUUUGAAUGUGACUGGUGUCUCGAGUCUCUGCGGCGAUGGAUGCUCAGACAUCGCCGAUGGGCUGGUCACGGCGUGGCUUCUGCUCUGCACCUUUCUGGUGAUUUCCAUGCAGCUGGGCUUCGCAAUGAUUGAGGUGGGUAGCGUGCGGGAAGCGCACCGCAUGACGGUCUUGGCGAAGAACGUCAUGGACUCUGCAGUGUCCUGCUUGGCGUUUUCCAGUGCCUGCGCCCUGUGGGAGUCUUCCCUCGUCUACGGAGUAGAUGACCAACUCAUGUACUCCCAGCAGCUCUACCACUGGGCCUUUUGUGCCACCUGCGUCACCAUUUGCUCGGGCUCGAUGGCGGAGCGGACGCACAUCAUAGGUUAUCUCACCCAUGCGGGGCUGAUUGCCGGCCUCAUUUUUCCCCCCAUCGCAGAAGCCGUGUGGGGCUCUGGAGGCUUCAUGCGGCGCUUCCUCGCGUUCGCCAUGCAGGAUGUGAAGUUCCAUGAUUGCGCUGGUAGCGGAGUGGUGCAUUUGCUAGGUGGGGUGGCAGCACUGGCUGGGAACUCUUUGCUGGGGCGGCGUAUCAUGCGCCCAGAAGAGCCUGACAUGAAGGUGUCCCCCUUCGGGCGCUCGCAGGAGGAGGAGGUGGACCUUGAGAGAGACAGGCCAGAGACAUACGUCUCCCCCUGCUCGUCGCUUCCGAACGGCCGGUGGCAGCGGCGCUUCGACAAUGCGGAGCGAGACAAUGCAGAGUUCCAGCCCUGCAACUAUUUGCAGGUCAUGGGGAUGUUCAUCCUUUGGGUCGGCUGGUAUGGCUUCAACACCGGGGGAGCGCUCACCUCGCACGCCGGGAGCUACCACACCGCCGGGCUGGUGGCUUGGAACACCACCAUGGCAGGGGCGGCCGGAGGCUUCGGCGCCUACCUCUACCUCUACGGCUUCCGCUUGAACCUGGACGUGGGCUUUUUGUGCAACGGUCUCCUGUCCGGCCUGGUGUCCAUCACCGCGUGCUGCGAUAUUACUACGCCAGUGCAAUCCAUAAUCAUCGGCCUCAUGGCCGGCCUCAUCGUCUACCCCACCACCUCGAAUCUCAUGCGGCGCAUGCGACUGGAUGAUCCCGUCGAUGCCGUGCCAGUGCAUGCGGCCUCGGGCCUCUUCGGCGUACUGGCCGUGGGGUUCUGCCGCCCGGACUGCGCAGUCCUUGCAGAGGUUGGCUUCAGCGAGGUGCAGCGGCGCUUCUGCCAGGAGGGGCACCAAAUCGGGUGGCAGCUGCUGGCGCAGCUGUGGGGCUCCAUGGUGAUCAUCGUGUGGACCUUUCUCAUCUCCUACACUUUUUGGCUACUCUUGGCCCUGGGCGAGAGCCUCAAGUCCUUGGAGCUCGAGCAUGUGAGCCGAGCGGAGCAGCUCCUACGGCAGCUGGGCCACGGGCAGACGCCUGAGGUGAACAAGGAUCUGGUGUCUGCCGCCCACCUCUCCCGGACAGUCCGCAGAGCCCUGAAGGAGCACGGCUGGACCGGGACCAUGUUUCUCACCGGCCAGCCCCACGACAUGCUCAGCCUCCUGGCGAAGCUGCAGCAGGCCCAGGGCGGGUCCCUGGACACGGCCCUGGAGAUGGAGGUUUGCCGGCCUUUGCGCUGGCUAGUGCGGUGCUGCCGGCGCUGGUGGCUGUGCCGGGAGCUGGCAGUGGCCAGGCUCCGGAUCCACCCCUGGGCGGAGAUCUCGGGCUUGGGUGCAGCGGAGACAGACGGGGGCAAGUUGUACCAGGCCAUCCAGCGGGCCGCCACGCAGGUGGCAGAACUGCGGAGCCAAACUACUGCGGAGCCCUUGCAGAACGAAGUGCGCGAGCUGGGGAUGCUGGUCCGGAGCCAGGACAUCUUGCUCCGGCGCCUGAUGUCCCGGAGAUAUUCGAAUCUUUCAGGGUCCAGGCGCCUGCAGCGGGUGCCGGAGCGGGCUGGCCCCGGGCAGGAGUCUAGCAGCCAGGAAGGCAGCCGACCGGCGAGCCCGGACUCGCCACGGUGUCAGGUCCCAUUGGACGACUAUGCCUCAGAGAGCCAGCUCUCCACGGCGCGAUCGCUCCGAUCAGCCCGGUCUUCGAGAACCGCCUGGGAUGGCAACGGCAAUGCGAGCUUCCCCUUCCCGUCCGGCUUCCGGAUCGACUUGAGAUCGGAGACCGCCAGCACCGUGUCGGACGCCUCGAUGGGCGCCUUGUCCCCCCACUCCGUGGCCUCCACCCCGCCACCCACCAUCCACGGGCGCCUGCGCCCACGAGACCGGGAGGCCUCCCCGAGAGUCAUGAACGUGGCAGAUCAGUUGGUGCAAAUGCUCCAGAUGCAGCAGCAGCUCUUGUCCGCCAUUGGUGCUCCACAAUUGGCUUCCCAGGCGAGCGUCGCCGCACCGGCGUCAGAACCCUUCUCAGAGCAGGCGGCACUCCUGAGCCGAGCACUGCAGCAGGUGGCGGACAACGCCUCUUCCCCGGUCUCCGUGACCUCGAGUCGUAGGUCCACAGCGACGGAGCCGUGGUGAGAACCGGAGCCCUUGGUGUCCUUAAACGACCUGAAUAGGCAACCUGUGGUUUCUGUGGUGGC